AUGUGGUGCCGAGAAGUUGGCGGCCGAUGGGUCGCUAGCCGGGAGCUGGCGGCGGCGGGACUUUUCACCGCCGCGGGGUCCCGGGCGCCCGCGGCUUGUCCCCGAGCGCCGGUGCCGACUGGACUUCGUGGCUUCCAGGUGUUUGUUUUUCACAUCUUCCAAAUUACACUUUUCUUUUUCUCUCAACAGGAAGGAGUCAAGACUGAGAACAACGAUCACAUUAAUUUGAAGGUGGCGGGGCAGGAUGGUUCUGUGGUGCAGUUUAAGAUUAAGAGGCAUACGCCACUUAGCAAACUAAUGAAAGCCUAUUGUGAACGACAGGGUUUGUCAAUGAGGCAGAUCAGAUUCCGAUUUGACGGACAGCCAAUCAAUGAAACAGACACACCUGCACAGUUGGAAAUGGAGGAUGAAGAUACAAUCGAUGUGUUCCAGCAGCAGACAGGAGGCGUCUUCUAAGAGGGAGCCUGCUCCUUUCC